AAAAGAGAAGAAUAAAGAAGCAAAUACAUAACCUAAAUUUAAAUAGUGGUAUGUGAAUGUAUGUUCAAUAAAUCCAAUAAUAAUAAAUUUAUAUUAUGCCAGUAGACCAUAAAAGAAUAAAUGGACCGGAUGAAACUUUGCCUUAUAAUUUAUUUGCAAAGUCAAACAAAAAGUCUUCACUUCAAGAAUAUGAGGAAAUUGUUAAAAAUAGAAAAAGGGGCGACUCUAGAUCUUACCUAGAGCACCGAAAGCUAUUUAUUAAAACAGGUGUUGUGAGUCAAGCUAAGGGUUCCGCUUACAUAGAAUUAGGGAAGACCAAAGUUAUUGUAUCGGUUUUUGAUCCCCGAGAAAUUCCUAAUAGAACAGAGUAUUCUCUUAAAGGUGAAAUCUACUGCGAAUUUAAAUUUGCACCUUUUAGUUGUAAAAAACGGCGAUUACAUCAGCAGGAUGCAGAAGAAAAGCAAUAUAGUGCUAUUAUGAAACAAGCUUUAGAAUCUACUGUUUGCCGCCAUGAAUUUCCCAACUUUCAGGUUGAUGUUUAUGCAUUGGUGUUGCACAAUGAUGGUUCUUCGCUGAGUGCUGCGAUAACAGCAGCUGGUUUGGCACUUAGUCAGGCAGGAGUUCCCAUGUAUGAUCUUAUAACUUCUACAACCUUAGCUUUACAGAAGGACACUAUAUUAUUGGAUCCUACCAUGAAAGAACAAAACAUUUGUUACUAUCCAAUUCACAAACAAAAUGAUCAUGGUGUUAUUAUUAUAUCCAAACUUCAUUCCCAUAACCAGAUAUCGCAGUUUUAUCAGACAGGAAGUAUUUCAUUGCACAAAUUAAGUGAAGCUUUUGAAAUCCUCAAUAAAAGUUGUGAAGAGAUUGUUCCUCUAGUACAGAAAUGUUUGGUUAAACAUGUUAUUAAUAAUUUAAAAAACAGUGAAGUUAGUGAUAAAUAAAAAUUGAUUAUCUAUGUUCCAUAUUUUUUUUUCACAGUAUUUCAAUUAAUAUGAAAUUUUGUAAAACAAUGUGGAGUUUUAAUCAAUAAAUUAAAAAAAAUGUAGGAAAUCCAGGGUCAACAUGAGUUAUUUUCGUUAUUACUUAAUCUAUGUUUUAUUUCAGAGAUGAACGAAUUUAUAUCCAAAAUCUCUAGAAACUUCAUUUAUAUUUAUAUAUUCCAUUAUAUGACUUGUAUAUUAUUGUAUUCAAAAAUUAUAGAUUUUUGAAUUGUAGUUCUACUAUAUAAUUUGUAACAAUUUGGAAAUUGCAGAAUAUCAAUAAAUAUAUUUUAAAGUUUCAUCGAUACCUUUAAAUAUGUUUCUUAUUUUUUCAUUCAAUAAGAAUGCUCAAAAAUAAUGAAAAUCAUUAUAUUUUGUGCUUAGAUAAAUAUAAAGAUGAAGUUUUGUAGUCUAAAGUGGACUUAAAAAACAAGAAAAAGUUACAUUACAAUAAGUUAAUGCUUGUUGCUAGUUUAUUAAUGACUAUAGGCACUUGAUUGAAGAUUAUUUUUAUCUUAUUUUAACAGUUAUGUCCUUUCAUCGUAACACUGUUAAGCUGGUUUAAUCUCAGAAUCAUGAAGUAUAUUAUGUUAUGGAAACAUAGGAGACGUGACACCAGUAAAGUUAUGAAUCGAAUUUUCACAGUUUUCUUUUUUUGUUUACCUUUAUACGUUUGAUAGAUAAGAGUUUAUGUAGCUUCCGAACUGUAAUGUCUAAUUUUAAGUUGUUAAUCGAUUAAAAUGUAUUUUUAAAAAG